GAGACCCUGUUACAGAGGGGAGCAAAGAACUAAGGAUGUGUUUCCCAGAAAAGGGAACACAGCCAUAAUGCAAAUGAGCAGAAAAGGCGGCUUCCUUCCUCUUUUCCAAUCUUGGUUCCUAGCCCCUAGCAGAACCUCUUCAAUGUCUUAACAUUACAGAUUUUUACCAGCUUGGAGGUGACAUGUGGCUCCUAACAACCCUGCUCCUUUGGGUUCCAGCUGGUGGACAAGUAGCCAAUGUCACAAAGGCUGUGAUCACCUUGCAGCCUCCAUGGGUCAGUAUUUUCCAGAAGGAAAAUGUCACUUUAUGGUGUGAGGGGCUUCACCUGCCUGGAGACAGUUCCACACAGUGGUUUAUCAACAGCACACUCAUUCAGAUCUCCACACCUAGAUACAGUAUCACUAAGGCCACUUUCAAGGACAGUGGCGACUACAGGUGCCGGACUGGUCUCUCAAUGCCAAGUGACCCUGUACAGUUGGAAAUCCACCAAAGUUGGCUGCUACUCCAGGCCUCCCGCAGAGUCCUCACAGAAGGAGAACCUUUGACCUUGAGGUGUCACAGCUGGCAGAACAAGCUGGUGUACAAAGUGAUUUUCUAUCGAAAUGGAAAAUCCUUUCUCUUUUCUCGAGAUUCGGAGGUCACCAUUCUGAAAAGCACCAUGAGUCACAAUGGUAUCUAUCACUGCUCAGGCAUGGGAAGAAGCCAGCGCUACACAUCUGCCGGAAUGCCUGUCACCGUGAAAGAGCUAUUUGCAGCUCCAGUGCUGAGAGCGACCUUGUCGUCUCCCAUCCUGGAGGGGAGUCUGGUCACCCUGAGCUGUGAGACAAAAUUGCUCCUGCAGCGCCCUGGCUUGCAGCUCUUCUUCUCCUUCUACGUGGGCAGCAAGAUCCUGGAGGAGAGGAACACAUCCUCAGAGUACCACAUACCAAGUGCUGGAAGAGAAGACUCUGGAUUGUACUGGUGUGAGGUAGCCACAGCAGAUGGCAGUAUCCUUAAGCACAGCCCUGAGUUGGAGCUUCGAAUACGUGGUCUCCAGUCAUCAGGCCCUGUCUGGUUUCACAUCCUUUUCUAUCUGUCAAUGGGAGUAAUACUUUUGGUGGACACAGCUCUCUGUGUAAAAAUACAUAAAAAAUUGCAAAAAAAAAAGAAAAACUACAAUUUAGAAGUCCUUUCUGAUCAGGGGAAGAAAGAAACUUCCUCUCAGCAAGUUAGAAGUGAUGACGUGUCUAAAGAAGAAAGAGACAUUGCAAGACAGACCAUAGCCAAAGUGCUGAGCAGCUCAGUGAGCGACUGGAGACCUGGGCAGCCCGACACCCUCCUCUCUGUGGCAGCGCGGGGGCACAAACUUCCACAAAUUGACUGACAUGGAGCCUGGAGGACCAUGGCAUGUGACUUUUUCUUUUAUGUUUUUUUCGAGACAGGGUUUCUCCGUGUAGUU